AUGUUGGAGACGGGAAGCUGCCGCGCCAAGAACGCAUCCAACGUUCUCAUGAAGAAUUUGGUGAAUGUUUGCGCUGGAACCUUGGGCUGGUGGAGCAUCGGCUGGGCACUGGCCUAUGGCGAACAACAUGGCAAUGGUUUCAUUGGAACCGACGGCUUCUUUGGCUUCGGCUUCUACACGCGCGACAAGGCCAGUGGAGUGAUCACACCUGUUGAAUGCACUGCUGAUGGCUGUCAAUCGACUAUGUUAAGCUGGUUCUUCCAAUGGGCGUUUUGUACUGCCGGUGCCACCAUCGUGAGCGGGGCAGUAGCCGAGCGUGUCAAGAGCCCCACCUAUGCUGCCUUUGCGUUCUUGAUGACAAGCUUCAUCUAUCCCAUGGUUGUGGCAUCCACCUGGGGUGGUGGCUGGUUGGCCUCACUUUACGGCGUAGGCUACAUGGACUUCGCGGGUUCAGGUGUUGUGCAUCUUACCGGUGGCAUCAGUGGACUGGUUGGCACCACCAUCUUGGGAGCCCGCACUGGACGCUUCACCAACCCAGAGGAGUUUGAAUGUCACAACCUGCCAUUGGUUGUGUUGGGCACCUUUGCUCUUUGGUUCGGCUGGUAUGGCUUUAACCCGGGCUCCACCUUGACCAUGAAGUCCGGCAGCGAUGGUGCUCUGGCUGCACAGGUGGCCAUGAACACCACCUUAGCUGCAGCCACUGGGGGCAUCACCGUGUUUUUGCUGCGCUAUGUCAUCACGCACAAGUACGAUGUGGGCGCCCUGUGCAACGGCAUCCUGGCGGGGUUGGUGUCGAUCACCGCGGGCUGCGGAAACAUGGAGAGCGGAAGUGCCUUUGCCACCGGCUUGAUUGGAGGCUUUGUGUACCAGGCAGCAUCCAUGCUGCUCCAAAAGCUCCACAUUGAUGACCCGGUGGAUGCCAGUCCGGUCCACGGCUUUUGUGGAGCCUGGGGACUCAUUGCAGCAGGCCUCUUCGACUGGGGUCGUGGCAUUGACCAGUACCAUGGCUGGAGUGGAUUCGGGUGCAUGGAGAAGGAUGAUGGUGGCUGCCAGACCGGCAUUGGUGGCACUGCCAUUGGGGUCCAAAUCAUCAUGGUCCUGUCCAUUGUGGCAUGGGCCGGCACCCUGUCCGGUGUUGGUUUCUUCCUGUUGAAGGUCACUGGGUUGCUGCGCUAUGGCACUCAUUUGGAAGAAGUGGGCAUUGAUUCCCAUCACCACUCUCCACCAAAGGCCUAUGCUUUGGGACCUCAAUCUCUUUCCCCGUCCAGGGUUUAUGCCAACAUGAACUCGGAAGAAUCUGGAGAAGCAAGCAAGUUUAGUGGCCGUGUCUCAAGCAUGCGGCCCUUAGCCUUAGAGGCCUUAGACAACACUUUUCCGGUGCCCCGCGGCUUCUUCCAUUGGUUCCAUCGGAGCCAGCCAGGCCCUUCACGGACCUACAGUGCAGCCGUGGCGCGAAACGAGCACUGCCAAGUGGCGCCACAAUUCUUGGAGGAUUUGGGCAUCUCAGUGAUACUGAACUCCAGCCUCGACAGCAGUGAUCCCAACUGGCAAGGUCUUGCUGAUAACUUGGGCUCCGCUCAGCCAGAUCUUCUCCUGGUUUGUUUGGAUGACCUGGCAGUUCAGAGGCUACUGACAGUGAUGAAGACCAUGGGUGGAGGAGGCUUUUUCCCCAAGGCCUUGUUGCUGCCAACGCUGGAUGUGGCCAGAUCUGAUCUUCCAGAGCUGACCUGGUCCAUUGGAGCUGAUUGCUGGCUGGAGGGUGGCCCCCUGACCUUUAGGCCAAGUUACAGCAAAGCUCAGUUUAUCCAAGACUAUCAACGACAAUUCUAUGCUUCACCACCGCUUGCGGCAGCUGAAGCCUAUGCGGCCGCCGAGCUCAUGGUGUUGGCAUUGGAAGGUGGUUCUGCGAUGGCUUCCUAUCCAACAGUGAACACGGUGCUGGGCCGCCUCGAUAUGUCAUCCACCACUCCAUUGACAUGUGCAACGGUUCAGCUCCUGCCAGCGGUCAGCGCCGGUUUUCCGCGUGUGGUGACUGUUGGUCCGGACACGUACCAGGCGAAGGUGGGCGGAUGUGGUUUGUGA